AUGCAAAUCUCCGAUCCCGCACUGAAGCAGGCCCACAUUGAGCAUUUGAGAGAGGAUCUUGGACUGUCACGAAACCAGAGCUUCGAAGAAGUCUUUCUCACUGUUACGGACUGGGACUCGAGAAUGCCUGAGACAGCCACUGACAUUUUGGUGGAGUUUCUGGCCUCGAGAAGCGAUGACAGUCAAGUUUGUUUGGUGCAUUUGGACUUGCAUGGGACUUUGCCCAGACUAUUGAGCGCAAUGCUUCGGAAUCGGGCAUACUUUGAGUCAGCUGCAAGCUCGGUGGAGACACUUGAGCUAAGUUUGGAGAAUGUUGAUCCUUUGGACGAUUUCCUUCCACGCUUUCCAAAUUUGUGUGCCCUCAGGAUGUAUAGGCCAGAGUUUCCAUUUCAACAGGAUCCUGAGGACCUGACUGAUCAGUACAGUAUGCGGCUGUUGCAUUUAAAUUGCCAGUCCCUGCAAGAUAUCGCUAUUGUUGGACUGCAUGCUGGUCAGCAAGGCAUUUUCAGCACGGUGCUCAGGAGCCUUGCAUGCUUCGGUACAGUCCACGAAGUGGCCAGGGCCGCCUUGAAUCGGGGACUGGAUGACGAUCAGAUUGCUAAGAGGCGCAAAGUUCUUACCACCAUUCGUUCUACACAGCCAGCCUUUGCGGCGCAUCCGAAUGACACGUUAUUGUGCUUGUUUGACGUCACUCCCCUUUCCCUGGGUGUGGCUUCAGCUGGUGGAACGCAGUUAGUUGAGGACAUCAGCGCCUUGCAAGAGCUACGCGGGUCAAUCAUCACUGCGCAGGUAGCAUCAAGCGCAUCAGCACAAGUGCCACUCCAUAUUCAAUGCAGCAAUCUUGCAGGAGAAACACUUCUUUCUGGACAUCUUCCUGCUGAGAGCACAGUUGCCGACCUGGAGACACUGCUGGUCACUUCUUGCAGCAGAUCAUGGGGCGGUGCUAGUUUCUUCCUCGGUGAUUGUCGAGUCUCACGCAGCUCCACCUUGUGCCAAUAUGAAUCGCUGCUUGUCAAGGAGGAGAAGGAUGCCGUGAUGACCGGCAUAAUCCAACGGAACACCACGAUCCCUACAAAGAAGUCGAAGCUGUUUACCACGUACUGUCACAGACAAGAAGGAGUGUGCAUUCAAGUCCUUGAAGGGGAACUGCUCCUGGCCAAAGACAACCACGUAGUGGGACAUCUUCAGUUGAAUGGUGUUUGUCCAGCUUUCGAAAGGGGUAUACUUCUCAUUGAAGUGACCUUUGAUAUCGACGCCAACGGCAUUUUGCACGUCACAGCAUUUGAUCAUGGCUCUAGAUCCAAAUCUACUGCAACAUUCCCGCUUGAGAAGCGAAGUCAUGCAAGAGGUGCCGAAAUUGAACGCGCACUGGCAAAUGCAGAAGUGCAUUGGAAACAGCGGAGUGCUAUCGAGGAGCUCUUUUGCACAACUGUCCAUGUCCAAUCGACAAAAGUUGAACGGCAGAUAAGUACGCUCAACGCCUGUUUGUAA